UAGUGUUUUAUCAGUUGACAGGGGAAGACAACUUUGACUUCCGUAUCUGCUGGGAACUCUCAGGUUCUUUGUAGUGUCAUUCUAAGAUUUGCAGCUUUUGGAGUAGACGACUCUGACAUAAGGAUGGAUGGCCAGCGGUUCGAGCUAUACAUUGAUCAUACUGGAAUGAUGGCUGGUCAAAUAGAAGCCCCCAGCGUCUAGACCGCCCCUGUGCCCUUCGAAGUUGUUCAAUGUACGCGGAGCCUGCGAUGAACAGCACGGCCCAUUCAGCACUGACCCAUGUCCACUGGACUGGACAAGAGUCCCCAGCGGCCGCUGUCCACUUCGCUGUGGGAGUGUUUAUUACGAUCGUGGCAAUGGCAUCUGUCUGUGGCAACGCUCUGGUGGUAUUCAUUUGUAUUAGAUAUAAGGAUCUCCGUACGCGGUCCAACAUUCUCAUCAUUAAUUUGGCGGUUGGUGACUUGCUCAUGUGUUCCAUUGACUUCCCUUUGUUGGCGGCAGCAAGUUUUCAUAACCAUUGGUCAUUUGGAUGGAAAGUUUGCCAAAUUUAUGCUUUCCUGACGGCAGUGGCAGGAUUGGUGACCAUUAAUACACUGGCAGUCAUUGCGGCUGAUCGUUACUGGGCAGUGGUACGUCGCCCCAACCCUGGACAACACCUUCCAAAGUGCGUCACCGCCACGGCCGUAUUAUUUGUGUGGGCCUAUUCCAUAUCCUGGGCUCUCUGUCCCGUUCUCGGAUGGGGCGCUUACGUCUUGGACGGUAUCGGAACGACCUGCACGUUUGAUUACCUCACGAGGACAUGGGAGAAUCGAAGCUUCGUGUUGGGGAUGGUAGCAGGAAACUUCCUCCUGCCUCUAUCAGUUAUGGUGUUCUCCUACGCCAGGAUAUGGAUGGCGGUCAGAGAGGUGAAAAGCGGACUUGAACGCGAGUCCUCUCACGUAUCGAUGGGACAGAGGAGGUUCUCCAUGGACAGCAUCGUCUCAUUGGCCAGUGAUAAAAGGGUCAAGGACAGAAAAACCUCAACAGCCAGUGUAUCGCUCGGGUCGAGCGACUCCAAUUAUGUCGAUUGCAGCAAUGCCCACAGGGACCAUAAUGUCAACAGAGUGGUGUUUCACAGUAGACAAAGAUGGACGAACCGCGAUACGUCGUCCACGGACAUGCAAAGAGGUGUUUACAAGCAGAAUUCUCAGACGGUUGUAGGCGCUGUGCUGCUCAGCGAAGCGCAGAGCCCUUACUCUCUUAAGGCCAGAGCCGAUCUCGGCGAGUAUCGAACUUACAGCGCCACGUUCAGAACUAGCGGUGACAAGAAGCAGCUGGCCGCCACCAAUCUGAACCUCAGUUUCAUCCGACACGCUACUGACGUGUACACGGAGGGACGCCUCGCCGAGAUGAAUGAGAGAAACUUUGGCAAUGGGGAUGGAGAGUUGACCCAGUCCUACGCUUCCAAACACCGAAUGACCGUCAAGUCUAUGUUCUCAAACCGUCUCGAAAACGCUGCCUUCAGCAAGAUACGGCUCAGGUACUACAACGCCAUAGGCUCAAAGCUUCUCCUCAAGCACCACCGGUACAGACUUCACUGUGAGCAUAAAACAAUCAAAAUCAUCAUGUUCCUUCUGCUGGCGUUCAUGCUGUCAUGGAGUCCGUACAUGAUCGUUAGCCUGAUUGGUUUGUUCGGCGACCAGACGCAGAUAUCCUACGUCACAUCCGCUAUUCCCAGCCUCAUUGCUAAGACGUCCAUGGUGUUCAACCCGUUACUUUAUUCUAUCAGCCACCCUAAAGUCAGGAAACGAAUUAUCAAGUCACUGUGCUCGGCUUCUCCAUUGCACAAGACUCGGCCUUUCCAUUUCCGAAGCCAACGAUUCUUAUCUUCUCUGACUACAAACAGUCAUUCUUGUUGAGGGAACAACAAACGGCAGUUGGAAGCCUGAAGGAAUGUUAAACUAGGAUCCACACUUUCCCCAUCAAGCUAACAUCGUGUGUGGUCUCCCGUGUUCUUGUGAUACACAUGUUACAUAGUGUUUAUAUCAAUAUUUAUUAUUUGAUGAUUACAUGUAAAGAUAUUUGCUGUUGAUUAAUCGAUAAUAAAAUUGUCUAACCUACAUAAACAUUUUGUUCCCCGAUUUUCCUCAUACAAAUAACGGUUACUUUUAGAACUAAAAAAUGACAUCCAAAGAAAAAGUUUAUGCCGAGGUCACCCUCAAGAAAAUAAAAAAUGCUAAAAGAAUCUGAGAACUAUUGGGUAGACAAGAUGAAGGACUGGAAGUGACUGCCUCGUCAUUUCAAGCUUCAGUUCCAAAUACUUUCAUCUCUAAACAAGUCAAGAUGAAGGACUGGAAGUGACUGCCUCGUCAUUUCAAGCUUCAGUUCCAAAUACUUUCAUCUCUAAACAAGUCAAGAUGAAGGACUGGAAGUGACUGCCUCGUCAUUUCAAGCUUCAGUUCCAAAUACUUUCAUCUCUAAACAACAAGUCAAGAUGAAGGACUGGAAGUGACUGCCUCGUCAUUUCAAGCUUCAGUUCCAAAUACUUUCAUCUCUAAACAACAAGUCAAGAUGAAGGACUGGAAGUGACUGCCUCGUCAUUUCAAGCUUCAGUUCCAAAUACUUUCAUCUCUAAACAACAAGUCAAGAUGAAGGACUGGAAGUGACUGCCUCGUCAUUUCAAGCUUCAGUUCCAAAUACUUUCAUCUCUAAACAACAAGUCAAGAUGAAGGACUGGAAGUGACUGCCUCGUCAUUUCAAGCUUCAGUUCCAAAUACUUUCAUCUCUAAACAACAAGUCAAGAUGAAGGACUGGAAGUGACUGCCUCGUCAUUUCAAGCUUCAGUUCCAAAUACUUUCAUCUCUAAACAACAAGUCAAGAUGAAGGACUGGAAGUGACUGCCUCGUCAUUUCAAGCUUCAGUU